AUUUAUAUUUUAGAUGAACAAAGCGACAUAGAUCACGAAGUGGAGAAUGUGAAAUCGAUUUGGCAAACGUUACAAACGGAAAAAAAUUCGACAAAGGAUAAAGAUCACAUUACCAAUGUACAAACGAGAAAACUAUACGAGAUUCUUGACAAAGUAACGUGUAAAUUAGACAAAGUUCAGCAAAAUUAUAUGAAUCCCAAAAUAAACUAUUGCACACAUUUGCAUAGAAGCGCGACGAAUAUCUUAAAAGCAACCAAUAAGCCGAAUUUAGAAGAAAUCAAAAUUGCAAAAAAUAUAAUUUUUCCUAAAAAGAAAGCAAAGAUCAAAACAGAAAUACCUCAUUCAAAAAAUGUUGAUAUUGAAGCAAUCAGUAAAAGUACAGCAAGGAUGAAAUUGAAUGAGAUUACGAAAAACAUUUUGACGAAUAAGCAAUCGACUGAAAAUUUAUUUUCAUCGAAACAUAUCGUGGAGAAACAAUCAAUAUAUACUGACGAGCACGGGCAUAAUGUCGACAGCGAUAACGAAUCAACCCAGACAAUUGUACCAAAUACUUAUAAUAAAACACAAGAUAGAAAUACAGAUGUAGCGUAUAAAGAGAAUGACAAAAUGAAAAUGAAGUUUGCAUCCUUCGUCGAAAAAUAUUUACAAGACUAUAAUGAUAAUUUUGAUAUAUUACGUAAUAUCGAGAAGAAGAAAGGAAAAAAAUAUUUUCAAAAUAUGAAAUCAUCGACAAGUGAUGUUGCGGAUAUUCUCGCGAGUCACAAUAUUGGACCGCUUGGAUUGUACGAAAAUUUCGAGGAACGUAAUGAUGUUGAUGAUCCAGAAGAUUGUAUAAACAAAAAAAGAGAGAAUUGUUCUUGCACGAAUAGCGCAAAUAACAAUACGCAAAUAAUUCCCGUUAAUACCAUUGAAGAAAAUAACAAAAAUACAGAAAAUACGGAAUUACAUGAAAGAGAUACGCGAACAACGAAAAUAGUCGAUGUCAAAUCUUCCAGUGCUUCAAGGCAUUCAAACGUAGCAAAUUAUCAAGAUAAUGUCUUUAUUAAACUGGGAUUAAAUGUCUUAAAUGAAAAUAACUUAUCGAGAAACAGGCUGUCACAAAUAUUGCAGUCGGAAUACUUGAAGAAGGAUUUAUCCUUAUAACUCAUGCAAUAUCUGUCUUGUAGCAGCAGAAUUAUCUUUAAUAUCAUUAUCUUUAAAUGCUUUCAA